CCUGCUGGGCCUGGAGAGGCGGCGUCCGGGACGGCCGUGUCCCGGACCGGCACUUGCUCCGGCGCCCCGGGCAUGCUCUGGUGGCGCCGGGGUCCUUUGCUUCCGAGGUUUGGGGCAGCCACCCCUACAGGGCUUGAGUUGGGCCAGACUCGCCAGCUUGUGCAGGGGGGGGAGAGCUCCCCCUUUAGCUGUCCCCUAGGAACAGCAGAGUGUCUGACAAGCCUCAAGGUCCGUUUUUGUGGGGAGGGGUGGAGGUGGAGAGGUAGACCGGAACGAGAUCUGAAACCCCACGGGGAGCGAUGUAGGUUGGACCGAGAAGGGAACUUCCUAAAAAGGUAAAGCGAUGCGGGCUGAGGAGAACGGGGCCAUCUUUUGGAAUCUUGGAUGCACUCUACGGACAAAGCAGUUGCAGAGUUUGGAACUCGGGGUGCAGGGGUUCCAGACUGUCUCCUGUUUGGGGCUCAGAAGUAUUUGUCUUUGUUGACCCAAAUGCCGGGGCUGGUUUCCAUGGAGACAGUGGCAGCCACAGCCCCCUCGGGGACCCCAGCAACCAUGGCUUCCUGCCCAGACUCUGACAACAGCUGGGUGCUUGCCGGCUCAGAGCACCCCCUCCCCCAGGGCCUGCCCGUGGAGACCUUGGGCCCAGAAUCCAGGACGGACCCAGAACCCGAGAAAGCUCCCCAGGCCCCUCGGAGCCACUUCGAGGCAGCUGCUGAUGAACUAGCUGGGGCCGUGAAUGGAGAAGAGACCCCCUUCCAGACUGAAAGUCCCCAGUGCGGUCCCGUUCUGCCAGAGAAGACCGAGGCCAAGGGUGUCCUGGAAGGUGACGGUUGUGCCACGAAGCCCCCCGGCCUGGGAGACAUGGUGGUCCAGAGAGACUUGGAGGAGGCCCCUGUGGUGGCAGGCCCAGAAGACACACGAGACACGCAGGACCUGGAGGGUCACAGCCCCCCACAGAGCCUGCCUUCAUCUCCCAACGCAGGCCGGGCAUCUGAAGACCGCCCAGGUGGACUGGGGCAGGGUCCCUCACUAUGUCUCUCUCUGCGGUCGCCUCACUGCCUCCUGCCCACUGGUUCUCCAGCCUGGCCCGUGGAGGAGGCCCACCGCUCCAGCAGUGAGGACGACACAGACGCAGACGUGGAGGCAGAGGGGCUGCGGAGGCGGCGGGGCCGGGAGCCCAGCACCCCCCGGCCCGUGGCGGCCCUGCGCGUGGAGGGCCAGGCCCGCGGCGAGGGCGCGGGCGGGGAGCCGGGCCUCUCCCCCAACAUGUGUCUCCUUGGGGCCCUGGUUCUGCUGGGCCUGGGAAUCCUGCUCUUCUGCGGUGGCCUCUCGGAGUUUGACAGCGGGCCCACGGAGGAAGCACAGCCGCAGGCCUUCCCAGACACCGGCUCGGAUGCGGAGGAUGGACUGGGGCAGCCGCUGCAGGCCUCAGCACCCCCCGACAGGGUGCCCAGCCUGCAGAGCAUGGCCCUCCUGCUGGACAAGCUGGCCAAGGAGAACCAGGACAUUCGGCUGCUUCAGGCCCAGCUCCAGGCCCAGAAGGAGGAGCUUCAGAGCCUGGUGCGCCAGCCCCGAGAGCUGGAAGAGGAGAACGCGCGGCUGCGGGGGGCCCUGCGGCGGGGCGAGGCCGCCCAGCGCACCCUGGAGUCCGAGCUGCAGCGGCUGCGGGCCGGCUGCGUGCGGGGCCCAGACGGGGUGUGCGUCCCCUGGAGCAGAGGCUCUCUGGGCAGCGGGGUCUCCGGGGAGCGGGAGCCAGGCCCUGGCCUCCCUGAGCAGCAGGAACGGCUGGAGGCGGAGGCCCAGGCAUUAAGGCGCGAGUUGGAGAGGCAGCGGCGGCUGCUGGGGGCGGUGCGGCAGGACCUGGAGCAGAGCUUGAGCGGUGCGGGCCGAGGGGACCUGGCCGAGCUGGGCCGCAGACUGGCCCAGCAGCUGCAGGGCCUGGAGAAGUGGGGCCAGCACCCCGGGGUCGGUGCCAACGCCUCAGGGGCCGGGCACCGGGGGCCCCGCUCCCAGAGUCCCAGGGAGUGGAGUGGAAAGGAGAAGCAGCGGGGUGGGCAGGGGGACCGGAGCGCUGAGCCCCGGAGGCACAAGAAGGAGGGGUCCGGUCGGGAGAGAAAGAACUGGGGGGGUGAGGGCCGGGAGAUGGCAGAGGGCUGGGGGGAGGGCAAGCCGCAGGGGGCGGAGUGGGGCAGCAGGAAGGACACCAGGCGGCAGGGCCCCGAGGAGCCCCCUAGGAGGAGUGGGAGCCCUCACCCCCCCGAGGGGCAGCAGCACCCUCAGCGGGAGGAGGGCGCUAGCGACGGGCGAGGCCACCCGGCACGGGCACCGGCACCGUGGGCCGAGCUGUUGAGGCGCAAGUACCGGGCCCCACAGGGCUGCUCAGGCGUGCGCGAGUGUGCCCGGCAGGAGGGCCUGGCCUUCGGGGCAGAGCUGGCCCCGGUGCGGCGACAGGAGCUGGCCUCUCUGCUGACCACUUACCUGGCGCGGCUGCCCUGGGCCGGGCAGCUGACCCAGGAGCUGCCGCUCUCGCCCGCUUACUUUGGGGAGGAUGGCAUCUUCCGCCAUGACCGCCUCCGCUUCCGGGACUUUGUGGAUGCCUUGGAGGACAGCCUGGAGGAGGUGGCGGUGAGACAGACGGGUGACGAUGAUGAGGUGGAUGACUUUGAGGGCUUCAUCUUCAGCCACUUCUUUGGAGACAAAGCACUGAAGAAGAGGUCAGGGAAGAAGGACAGACACUUCCGGAGCCCGAGGAGGGGCUGAGGCCCGGGGUCCCCUGACCCCGGGGACUGUUGAACUGUCGUCUUCUCCGGCUCCCUAGGAGAGUCACCCGGCCUUGCACUGAUGCCACUGUUGCCAAGAAAAGGCUUUAGCUGGA